GUAUCACUGUAUCAGUACAGCUUUAUCUGCUUUAACCCUAGAUUGUUUCCGAUGCUCGGAUUUUCAGUUAUCCAUGACUAUUGAACUUAACCGUUUUGUGUAACAUAUUCUUAAUUUUUUAUAGUAAUUGAGUAGCAAUGAAAUUCUUCUCGGUAGGUGAAAGCAUGUCCGUCCAGGCGGGAGAGACGAUGCAGUUGCAGGAAGAGAACAACUGCGAGGUCCAACUACCUGAUGGAGUACCACCAUUUAUACAUAUCAAUCAAAAUGAUUUCUUAGGACGAAAAGCUAAAAAACUUAAAGAUGAGGACAUUGCUAUUUGUGUAUGCAAGUAUGAAACCAGUGAUCCUGAAAGUGCAUGUGGAGAAGGGUGCUUGAAUGUAUUAACCAGCACUGAAUGCACACCUGGAUACUGCCCUUCUGGCAAUUAUUGCAAGAAUCAGAGAUUCCAGAAAUCUGAAUAUGCUAAAACAAAGUUGUUUGGAACUGAAGGCCGUGGGUGGGGUCUCCAAGCUGAUGAGAGUAUAAAGGCUGGACAAUUUAUCAUCGAGUACUGUGGAGAAGUAAUAUCAUCAGAUGAAGCAAGGCGGAGGUCCCAAACUUAUGAAAUUAAGGGCCUUAAGGAUGCAUAUAUAAUCUCUUCAAAUGCAAAUUAUUUCAUUGAUGCUACAAGGAAGGGAAGCUUGGCAAGAUUUAUUAAUCAUUCCUGCCUACCAAAUUGUGAAACAAGGAAAUGGACAGUAUUGGGAGAAACAAGGGUUGGUAUAUUUGCCAAGCAAGAUAUUUCCAUGGGAACUGAGCUCACAUAUAACUACAACUUUGAAUGGUAUGGGGGUGCUACUGUUCGAUGUCUUUGUGGAGCUCCAAACUGCUCUAUAUUUCUGGGUGCAAAGUCUCAUGGUUUCCAGGAGCAGAACCAUUUGUGGGAAGAGGGAGAUGACAGAUAUGAAGUCGAUAAAAUUCCCCUCUAUGACUCUGGAGAGGAUGAAACUCUUCUGAACCAAGCCGGAAUGCAAAGUCAUUCUGAACCUGAACCAAUGGACAGCGGGAGAAAUGUCUAUCCUGCAAUGAUGAGUGUUAUGGUGGGUUCUGAACGUAGUUUGGAAUCAACUAUUUCCUUGGAGGCACAUUAUUCAGGUCCAGUGGAGGCUGAAGCAUUGAAUGCUGAGGUGAACGAGUGUAAGGAAAUAUUUCCUAAUGAUUUGCAAGCUGGCUUUCACAAACAGAACUCAUUAAUACCUCGCAUCCGAAAUUAUAAUUCUGGUCGGAACUACAAUGCCGGACCUGGUUUGUCAAAGAAGAAAGUGCCAAAGCAAAGGGCCAAGUCUUCUGGACGAAAGCAAGUAACUGCGGAAAAUGUUGCUAAAUUGUUUCCAUCGAAGGAUGCACAGGAAGAAAUUAUGAAGUAUGAGGAGAUGAGAAAUAAGGCCAAUUUGGCACUCAAUUCCUUGUACACUGAAAUUCGCCCCGCCAUUGAGGAACAUGAACGCGAUAGCCAGGAUAGUGUGCCUACGAGCGUAGCAGAGAAGUGGAUUGGAGCAAGUUGCUUAAAAAUGAAAUCAGAAUUUGAUUUUUACUUCUCCGUGGUGAAGAACGUCAUGUGCCCUCCACAAAUGCCCAUUGCCAUGGCCUCCGGGGAAGGUGAUGAUCUGGACCAAGUGAAGCAGUUGACAAAUGAGUAAGUUCAUAUACGAGUGGCAUAAAUGAAAAAAAAAAAAAA